AGGCACAGACUGCUUGAAUCUUCAGCCCCUGGAGUGUUAAGCCUCAGUUUUCCUGUCCUGUGGUUGCAUGAAGAGCAGCCCAGCUCUUGUGGCUAACUUCUCUUGGAGUGAGUUGGUAGCUACCUCCCUGCAGUGAGCCUUGGCUAGGCUGACCCAGCUAUAAAGCCACUUUUCACUCUUGAUUUGAACAUACCACCUGGCUCUGACCCAGGCAUGUGUUAGGUCCAGGAUAUGCAAAGCCUAGACAAGAUUGGGACACUCCAGUGUCCUCCAUGGCGUUUACUACUCUCACGAGAGCAUUUAUUAAGGCCUACCCAAUGCAGACAGCUCCAGAGAGGCAAAAUGCGCCCGGUCUUAUGGUGGCCCCACCUUAUCUGUUCUAUCACCACCUUCCAGGAAGUGCCAUGCUCCAACGCCCCCAAGUCCAAAGGAGGGCAAAGGACAACCUCGGCUGUCUUUCAGUAUGCUUUCCACCUCUUGAGACAGGGUCUUAUUGGCCUGGAGCUCACCAAUUAGGCUGGACUGGCUGGCCUCUUAGGACCUUGGGAUCUACCUCUCUACCUCCCCAGCACAAGCAGCAUUUUACAUGGAUCCUGAGGAUUGAACUCUGAUCCUUCAUCCUGGCAAGGCAAGCUCUCUACCAGCUAAGAUAUCUCAGUAACCCCGAGCUCUGAUCUUCACCCAGGAUAGUCCAGUAUAAACAUCCCAGUACUGGGAAUACUACUGGGUCAGAGGAACAGCCAGACCCAGGAGAGGUACAGCCUCACCUAGCAACUCUAAAUGGACCAACAGCAACCCUUGCCUGUGACCCCCUGGGAAAGCUGAGGUCUCCAGGCCUCUCGCUCUUGCCUGGCGCAGAUAGCCAGGGCAGGAUCUGUGUAGGGGCUACUGAAGCAUGGUGUGGGCAGGCAGGCCUGUCCAGCCAGGGCGGGCUGCUCAGCAUCCUUCCUGGGUGCUUUUCCAGUCUUGCCUAACCUGGGACUUACAAAUGAACCUCAGGAGCAAGGCUACCUAACUUCUGCCUCCAACACCUACAGAAUGUGUUCUGGCCUCCACAUCCCACUCUAUCUUCAUAAAGCCCUAGGCAGUGUCUGCCAGGAGAGCUGCAUUCAGAUUCCUCAGACUGCCCACCCAGCCACCAGUGGUUAAAAUGAAAUUCAAAACAGGGUUUGAGUGGGAAGAAAGUUGGGCACUGAGACCAAAGGUUAUAGGACAUAGUCUGGGACCGAGCUUGUCCUACUGCCAUCUCAGUAUACCCAUGAAACGUGGGAGCUCAGAGGCCAGUAUUCUGGUGCUAUCCUGGCCAAGGAGUGUUCUGCAUUUCAAGGGCUGGGCAAAAUGGACUGAAUCUGUGCAUAGGAUUAGCUGGGCACAGGACCAGCAAGGAGCCAAGGCAGGAGGCCCAGUCAACUCUGCUGGGUUCCAUUAGGAAAAUGGUCAUAGCACACAGGUCCACAGAUCCCAGCCUUAGGAGCUGGCAGAGGAGAUGGAACAGUCUCAUUGGAAGUAACUGCUGAGCCAGCUCAGCCCUCAUGAAGUCCCACGUACCUGGCCAACAUGUGGGACUCUUGCCUCCUGAGACCCUGGACUCCACCCAAUCCCACCAAUUCAAUGCCCUCCUGUCUUCAGAAUUCAUCUGCACCAGUAAAGCAGAGGUGGAAACAGGAGCAGCUAGAGUAAACCAGACACCGAGCAAGCUGAUCACAUCAUGGCUAAAACCCAGCUCUGCCAACCCAUUUGUUGUACAGCCUGGGAUAAAUUGCUGCUACCCUGGGCCUCAGUUUUCCUGCCUGGGAAGUGGGUGUCUCCUGCUUUUAGCCUGGUUGCCUACUGGGAUGACCCACCAAGAUCUCCAGUUCCAAGGUAAAGCCCGAAGCCAUGGGACCCUGAGGUGCUACUCUGCUGAGGAACUGUCUCAUGGCCAGGCUCCCCCACACCUGCUAACUCGAAGUGCCAGGUGGGAGCAGGCCCUCCCUGUGGCCCUGGUGUCCACUUUGGAGGCCACCGGCCACAGGAGACAGCAUGAAAGACCUCAAGCUGGAACACAGUGCCCCGUGCUGCGGCCAGAGGAGGUGUUGGAAGCUGACACCCACCAGCGCUCCAUCUCACCAUGGAAAUAUCGCAUCGACACAGACAAGAACCGAUACCCACAGAAGUUGGCGGUGGCAGAAUGCUUGUGUCGUGGCUGCAUUAAUGCCAAGACAGGCCGUGAGACAGCAGCCCUGAACUCUGUGCAGCUGCUGCAGAGCCUGCUGGUACUGCGGCGACAGCCCUGCUCCCAAGAUGGUACAGCAGACCCUACACCAGGAUCCUUCACCUUCCACACUGAGUUCAUCCGAGUGCCUGUUGGUUGCACCUGUGUUCUUCCCAGGUCUGCACAGUGAUGACUUCUGUCAUGGCCCCACCAUGAUGCACCAGGCUCCUUCCAGACUGGACAUCCCAGGCAUCCCCACAGAGAAGACCUCUUAUUUAUGUGUAUUUAUUGCUUAUUUAUUGACUCAAGAGUGCAGCAGAGGCUAUACCCAGCCCUGGCCCCGUGAUCUCUGACCAGUGCCCAGAUGCAGGCUGAUCUCAGGACUGGGGAGGUCAGGCAUCCUCAUGACUGGAUCACUCCCAGUGACUCUCGAGAGUUAGCUUACUCUGUUACCAAAGGGGAGAGCUGGGCAUGGUAUAAAGCACACCUGGGUAUAAAACCCUGCCCUCCACAGAGGCUGGAAGGGUGCCUCAAGUUCUCAGACAGCAUGGUCUACAUAGUAAGUGUCUCAAAAGAGAGGGUGGGGUGGGCCUGAAGGAACUGGCUUCCUCUCCUUGAACCUCUAGCAGCAGUGACAGGUGGGGAGAUGAAGGGCUGGCUCUGUGUCACCCCAGAGCCCUGGUUCUGCCUGAUGCAACCCAUCCACAUGUUUUUAAACAAUUAUUUAUUUUAAGUGUUAUUAAAUGGACAUAGUUCAACUCUUUA